CUUACAUAUGGAAAUUAAAAAUGUCGUAAUUUUUAUAAAACAAAAGUUAUUUUAACGAAAGUAUUGCUUAAAUAACUAACUGUUAUUGGACAAUAUGUCUAAAUUUGGAAAUAUUACUGAUAUAAAGAAUUUACAAAUAUUAAUAAUAAAAUUAGUAUUGGAUAUUAAUUUAUAUAACUCUUCGUGGUUCUUAUAUAAAUAUUUUGAAUUGUGUAAUGGAUAAUUCAUCAGAAAUCGAGUCGUUAGACUUAAAUCCUAAGCUUACUGCUGCAUUACUUAAAGCCAAGUUGUUGACAUGUAAAAAUAUUCUUGCUCUCUCUGAAUCAGAAUUGCAACAUAAGACAAGACUUUCUCAUCAAGAAAUUACUACUAUUUUGACAUCUGUUGCACGUCAUGUUUUAAAAAAUUCAUCGUUUUCAACUGCAUUACAGAUUAAGCAUGGCGAAUGUCCUAAUGUAUUUAAACUUAAAAAAUUGAGUACAGGGUGCGGAAUAUUAAAUUCGUUCUUACGAGGAGGAAUUCUUCUACAUCAUAUCACAGAAAUAUCUGGAGAGAGUGCGAGUGGAAAAACCCAAUUGUGCUUGCAGUUAUCGAUCCAGAUGCGAUUGCCGAUUGAAUUAGGUGGACUUAACGGCGGUGUUGUUUAUAUUUGCACUGAGGAUGUUUUUCCAAUAAAAAGGUUACAUCAAAUGAUAGAAAUCAUGGUUCAGAAGUUAUAUAAAUGCUAUGAUUUAAAUUAUUUUAUGGAUAACAUAUAUAUAACUCAAAUUGGUGAUUUGCCAAACUUGUGGAAAUGCUUAGAGAAACAACUACCACCAUUGAUAACGUCAAGAAAUAUAAAAUUAGUUAUUCUUGAUUCGGUAGCUGCUCUCUUCAGAUGUGAGUAUGGCAUUGACCAAACUAUGGAAAGAUCUCACGAGCUACGGAAAUUGGGAUUAAUUCUUCGUAGGUUAGCAACCGCACACGAACUUUCUGUUAUUUGUGUUAAUCAGGUCACUGAUAUUAUUGAUGAAACUAUGAAUGAAUCAAACAAUUGUACCAUUCCAUCUCUGGGAUUAACGUGGUCCAAUCUAAUUCACACUAGAAUAAUGCUUACGCGAACUAAUAUUACUUAUAAAAUAGAGACCAAUUCGAGAAAUUAUUUGACAGAACAGAAAGUCCGAAACAUGAAAGUUAUAUUUUCUCCUCAUCUUCCCUCUUCGACUUGUCAUUUUGUCGUCAUAACUGAAGGAGUGAAAGAUUUGUUUGCGGUAUUGCACAAAUUUGUGUAGAAGUCUGCCAAAAAGCAGAACGGCUCGGUCGUUUCAUUCUAUACAUGAACCAGAAUACUUACAGUAUUUGAAACCAAAAUUUCCAGUCUAUCCUCUGCUUAAUGUACAAAUUAAAGGAUAUGAUUUUUCUGUUUUGGAAUGCUUUGAAAGUUACGUUCAUAAAACUGCUUUGAAUAUGGGAAUUGAAGUGCAAGAUAC